CGGAUUUUUGGCGUCGCGGCGUGGCGUCCGCUCUGGCAGAAUGCCCCCGAGGGUCGUCCGCUUCCCCUCUCCUGCCCUUUCACUCCCCCCAUCUGCCAGCGAUCCCCCUUCACCAUGCACCCUGAUAUCACUUCGGACGCUUUGCGGAUCGUCUUGGUAGCGCCCAUGGCGGCGCUCUCGGUCUUGCUGCUAGGGCCACCCCUUCAACAGUUCACAAUCCAGCAAGUGUGCAGCGACUACUAUGCCGACCCAUCGCAUUCGGCCGGCACCCUUGUGGAUGGGACACGGGAUUGCUCCGUCUCGGCUGUUCAGAAGCAGGCCGCCACGGUCCUGGCCGCCUUGCAGCUACUUUCUGCCGUCCCCGGAUUCUUCGUUACGCUGCUUUCGGGUCAUCUCUCGGACAAGUUUGGUCGGAAGCCGAUGUUCUACCUGGCGAUCUCGGGACUCUGUGCCGAGGCUCUACUGGUCUUCACUGCAUCAAAACUCGGUGGCAUCGACUUGCUGUAUGCGGCAAAGUUUUGCGUCGGCAUCACGGGUGGACUGCCCACGAUGAUCUCCACAUCGGUCUCGACCCUGGUCGAUUUGACUGCUCGCAAGGGACAGCUUUCUGAAGGCACCAACACAGGGAGCCGCAUCGCCGUCAUGAGCUGGUUCGACGGCGGUAUUCUUAUCGGCAUGGUCAUUGGUAGCUUCGCAGGUGGAGCGCUUGUCAAGUGGGGAGGCUUUCAGCUGUGCUUCUUUGUGGCGACGAUUUGGGCAUUGGCGGCGUUGCUGGCCAUGGUGCUCGUCGUCCCGGAGACCCACCCGCCGUCGACAGGCCGUGGGUCCACAGCGCCGUUGUCUUCGGACGGCCGGCCCUCAUCCGAGUCGCGGUCAUCACUGGCAUUACCACGCGAAGAUCGCAAUCCAUGGGAGUGGCUGAAGCAUGGCACCGAGUUCUUUGGUGGGAUUCCUGCGGCAGUGAUUGCCAACAAGCUCUUGAUGGCAAUGAUGUUCGGCGGCCAUCGCGUAGUUUUUGUGAUUUAUGCCUUCAAGAUGUUUGCCUGGGACACAUGGGCCGAUUCACUCUACCUCGCCUCGGAGCUUUCUCUUUCGGCCCUCUUGCUGGUCUCGGUUGUCCCGUCUCUCGAUCGCUUCCUGCGUUCCAAAAUCGCAUCUGAGUCGACUCGCCCCUCUCGAACCGAGCCUGAGGGCGAGCGCUCUCAUCUUGUGGAGACGGCCGAAAGCUUUGACGACGGACUGGAGACACAUGCCGGCAGCGCACGAGGCUCCGAUAUCGGCAUCAGCGCAAGCGUAUAUCAAAUCCGACUCCUCUGCACAGCCACUCUUGUGGCUUUGGUGUGCACGCUGUUUGCUACCAAAUCGUGGGUUCUCUAUGCAGUGCUGCCGCUGACGUGCCUCGGAAUCGGGGUGCUUUCGAUCACAAAGGCACUCAUCAACGAGUACAUUCCGUCGGAUCGCGUCGGCGUCGUCAACUCGGUGAUUGCGACACUCACCAGCGUCUGCGACACACUCAGUGCACAGAUCUCGAUCCGAAUAUUCCACCAGUUUGUCGAUGUGCAUCCGGCGAGUGUGUAUGUCUAUUUUAUCGGGCUGACGUUGGCAGCGAUCAUUGCCACCUUUUUCAUCGUGCGCCGCUGAAGCGGGAUCGAGGACUCUCCAGCAAACGCAUCCAAGUUGCCCUCCUCCUCCGCACCGGCAUGCCGCACAGCCGCAAUACAGAGCCCCGCGCGGCAAUGGCAUGUCCCCUGGCGCGCCCCGA